ACCCGCUGUGUAGGGCGAUGAUUAAUUGAUUAAUAAAUUAAUCGUUUUUGAACGUAAAAGAAAUUGCUUUUUAACAGAAAGUAUGUUCACAUAUUAAUUCUUCCGACGCGCACCUGUUCAGCAAAUUACUAUGUUCAGAGCUGAACAGAAGAGGGAAAUUAACAUGUCAUACAAUAAGAAAGGGGAGGUGUAUCCUCUCCUUACAACAGACUGGCUUGGUACUCCAACAUAUAGACAGAAACCAAAUGCUUUACAUGUAAGACAAGAUGAUGACGAGGAGAUUCCAGUUAUUGAUGAUGAGGAUGAAGUUUUCAAUAUCAUUGAUCAGAAGAAAAAGCGGAGUGUUAACCUUGUAUGGAUGGAUGUUGCCCUGCUGGUUCUCGACUACCUUCAGAUAUUUGCUCUUAUUCAGUCAAUGUCACUGAGAUGGGUCUACCCGGAAAAAUGGCUGAGGAACACAUACUAUUUAUUUGCUGUCAAUUUGGAUGCCUGGGAGAUGCUUAAAUUCACAGAUCCCAAUGUCUAUGACAGUGUGCAGGGCUAUUACAUUCCUAGUAGUAAAAUCAGUACAUCCUACCAAAACAUAAUGUAUGGCUGGUUUGCAGGGGCUGCUGGACUUGCAAUUAUUUAUGCAGCAUUACACAUCAGUAUGAAACGUCUUUUCUACCCAGAAUCAUGGGCAAGGCGUGUCAUGUCUUGGAUACAGCUGAUAUUUAUGGUGAUUGUCCAUGUACUUUCUCUUCCACUUGGAGUUGCUCUGUUCAGAGUGUACGAAUGUGAGGGAGAGUACAGCAGGAUCUACACAAUGAAUGAAUAUGACUGCUUCACUACCAAUUACUGGAAGAAUGGAGCCCCAGCUCUUAUAUACAUUAUCAUUACAUUUUUGAUGUACCCGGCUUUCCUGGUCUGGAAGACUCGUCAGGAGGGAAUGACAGGCACAAGUAAUGGAUACUUGUCAUUUAUCUUGAUGAAGGAAACAGAGUACAAGAUCCACUUGAAUAGGGCCUGGCUGAAUGAUUCCAUGUGGAUAUUUUCUUCAUUCAAGUAUAGAGGGCGUUACUACAGAACAACAGUUCAGCUGGUCAAACUUGUCCUUCUGAUUAUAUUUGCAGCAGCUUUCAAUAACAUCAAGUUCCAGGCCAUGUUUACAACUAUUGUUUUGCUGUUGGCUGUGAUUGCUGCUGUCCUGAUUCGACCAUUUAGACUGACAAGCUGCAAUGUAUUUCUUAUAUUCAGCAUUCUGUGUAAUGUUGGAAGCAGCUUUAUAGGGGCCCUGUUAUCAAACUACACCCCUGCUACUACGCCAUCUGCCUGGCUCACACCAAGCUAUGUUUUCUACUUUCUAAUUUUGAUACAAUCCUGCUGGCUGUUGUCUGUGAUAGUACUGCUGGUCUAUCUGAUCUCCCGUACUCUAUGUCACUCAACCAAGAGCUGUUACAAGAGAUCUGUCUGGCCAAACAUAGCAACGUCUGGUGCUGGACAGCUAACCCCAGAGACUAAAAAGUUUAUGACUGGUAUAAUCAAGGCCAAGAUUGCACAUGAGAAGAUACAGCGAGUACCUGCCAUGUUUGCACCAGUUCAUGAUUUGGCACGACAUAUCCAUAUAAUGAACACAUACUGUCGGGAAGCAGAGUACCUCUGUGAUCCACUACACAUGGUGUUAUGGGAGGUCCUAGAUGACCUGGUUGAAACCCAUGCUGAAUUAGCUCCCAAAUCUCUCUUUGCAGAGAGCGUGAAGAAGACGAUACGAAAGACAGCGGCAGAAUUCAUGCCAAUGAUACCGAUGUUCAGUCAGAGACUGGCACAGCGAGAUUAUGACUUCAUUCUGGUACCACCGCACAAGAAAAGACUACUCCUGAAGAUGUACAUUAUGGGACUGUUCUUGAAUGGGCGUUCAGAGAAAGUUGCCAAGAAGAAGCUUCUUGAACCAGCUGUUGAAAAGAUGUGGCCUGCUUUACCUGCUGACAAAGAAUUUGAAGAGGAAGACGGUUAUUAUGAAGACUUGUACCCACAACCUAUUGGUGGCAACUACUCAGAUGAUUUGCUAGAUGUGAUUGUUGAAGAUUCCACAGAUGCUGAAUCCACUGAGGAAGAAGAUAAUGUACAAGGGAUGAUAAGAAACUUGCCAGAGGUUGAUCUGAUAGACCUUGAGAUACCAGUUGUUGAAGAUCCUGACCACACUGGAGAGGAUGAUGAAGACUAUGAAGAUAGAUUACAUUACAAAGUGAAGUUUGGUCAUGUUACUUCAUCAGAUAGACAGACACCAAGGCCAAUAUCUGCUUCAUCAAAAGCAAGUAGCAGCAUUAGCAGCAAAAGCAGUAAGUCUGGGAAACGACCUGGCUCUGCUGGUUCCAGUUUAUUUGGCUCUGCUGCCUCUCUAAGAAGAGACCAUACUGGAUUUGUCUCCCCUAGCCGCACACUGUCACCGCCAGGGAGACCCUCGUCUGCUCACAGUGGGAUGAGCCUGUCACCUACCAGCUCUGCCCACAGGCCGGCCUCUGCAGGAUCUUCACACAGUGGGAGGGGUAGAUCCCCUACAGGGCGUCCAGCAUCAGGAAGUUCUGUAGUUGGCAGCCAGCCAAGUGAUCAUGGUUCCCAGGACCUUGGUGAUAAUCAGAUGGCAAACAUCAAUCCUGGUUAUGUACCAGAUCCAGAGGAGUCUGAGGUGACGGAGAGCAAGCAGGCUGACCUUGAACCAGAGGUACAGGGAGAUAAUCCAGGAUUUGUAGCAGAUGAUGAAUCAGUGAGUGUUGUAACUACAGCCACAGAGACAAGCAAGGGAUCAAAGAGUGGUCAGAGUAAGAAAGGUGGAAAAGAUAAAAGCGGACCAAAGCAGAAACCAAAUAGAAAAUAAGGAAACAAUAAAGACUGUACUGAGAGCUUGUUAAUAUUUGUAAAAUUCAUCUUUGUAGUUGUUUCAUUAGAAAAGUACCCUUAGUUAAUUUUUUUUCAGACAUUAUAUUAUUGUUGAAGCUUUUUACAAACAUUGGAACAAGCUGAUGAAUCAACAGUUUAGUGAUGGAUAUUGUCAGAAAUUUUGUAUCACAAUAUAUUAUGAUAUGGCAACACCAUAUCAAUUCAAUUCAGUUCAUAGUAGGUCUGUACAUGUUUCUAUCUGCCUAUUUGCUGUAACAGCACAACAGCAUGGUAUGCUAAUGAGAUGAUCAAAUAUAUUUGAGAAAUUAACAACAAACGCAUCCUGUUGAACAAGCUAUUAGAACAGAUAUAAUUAUAUGUACUAACAUAGGUGCAGGUAUGUCCGAGUAAUUGAAUAUGAUCUUUGUUGUUUAUUGAGGAUGGUUUACUCCAAUAUAGUUUACUAGUUAAGUAGAGCUAGUUUAAUAUCGGCCAGAGAGGGAAACAGUCUUUUCACUAGAAUAUUAUCUUUAACACAACUCGGUACUUAUUUCACCUUUAACUGUACUACAAAUGCAUUUUAUAUUGUCAAUUUUGAGUUUUUAUGCCUAUUAUGUGAUCACUUUAAUUGUACACAAAUUAUUUUUGGAGUAUAUUUAUUAUUCUUUUUGUUUAUCUGACAGUCUCAAUAAUGUGAAAAAAUACUGGAAGUGGCAACAGUCUACAUUUAAAGACAUUUUAUUGUUGUGUUCCCAAUGAAGUAUUUGUGAUAUUUAGGUACUUGAAUAUGGCAAUGUGAGAAUGUAAGAAGUGUGCCUUAUUACCAUUGUUUGAAGAACAUGUCCCUUUUUCUCUUAUUCUUUAGCAUGUGUGAGACUGUAAUUAUAUCAGAUAUCUUUAUUAAAAAGGAAGAUGAAACAUUACAUUUUUGUUUACUUUUCAAAAAAUUAGAAUGGGAAAAAAAUCAGUGAAAACAUUUUGUUGUACUGUUAUCCAAAUAAGUGUGUUAAUGCUGCUGACUUCAAUCUAACGGCAUAUCUCAAUAAACUGAGAUUUUGAAUGUUUUUACAACAGACACACCUUUUGAGAUAAUGAAAUUAGUGAUCACUUUAGAAUAAUAAUAUUUAUAUUUCAAUUAUUAAUUCUGUAUUGAUGUUUUCCUGACAUGUAUGUCAGGUGUUGUGAUAUUUUAUUUAAGUUUGCUUUACUUGUUAUCAUGUACAUUACUGUUGUUUUUAUUCUCUUAAGUUAUUUAUCAGCAAUUAUUUCAUUUGAAGAUGUUUUUCACAAUUGUUUCCCCAAAUGGGUUAGUUUCAUACAGAUACUGAACUUUUUACAUUUGUCUUUGGCAUCAGCAUUAACAUUGAAAAUCUGAUUAGUUAAACCAUGGUGUCAAAAAAUCAAUCUGUUGACCAACUUUGUGAAUAUUUUUAAACAUUUAGUGAGUAAAAUUUUUACAAAAUUUGUGAUUUUGUAAUUUAAUACUCUAUGCCAUGAAGAAUAAUAACAAAACAAAAUAUCAACCCUUGUUUGCUUUUGAAGUUUAAUUAAAUACUUUUUUUACCAAUGCGUCCGACCAACUCGGAAAAAGGCACAGAAUGUAGUUUGUGUUCCUUGCAAAAUUCCAAACAGAGACGUCAGCUAAAUUAUUUCACCUUUGUUGAAUCUUCCUUAUGUAUUUCCGUACAACUUAGUAUAAGAAAUUUUGGUAAAUUUGCAAGCAAAGUCCAUUUUAAGAUGCACAUGUACUUGAUAAACACAGGUAUAUACCUGAGACACGUUAACUGAUACACGUAUUGAGGGCUACAACACAUGACACAUAAGUUUAAAUAUCAGACAUUUUUUAAAAAUGAUAAAUAUGUUUGGUUGACUUAAUUAUAUUACUUUUGCAAAAAUUUCAUAAGUAAAUAAGUAAAAGUAAAUAAUUUGUACCUUUGUGCAGUAUGGUGGGCACAAACAAUUGUGAGGAACACCUUUAAUAUAUGAGCUGUGAUAAAGUCAAGCAUUUACUGUGUCAGUGUCGCAAUAUUUACUAUGCAAUGUAUUGUGCAAACAUACACUUGUGGUUUUAGUAUUCUGAAGAAUUGUCUGCAUGCUUUUGGAAUUUUGUAUUUUUGUCUCAUUCCAAGAUGCAAAUUAUAUCAGAAUAGAAAUUUAAGCUUGGCUGAAAAGUCAACUGUCUGUGAUUUUACUAUUUUAUUGUUUUUGUUGUGUCACAAAAAUUGUCUCCCAUUGCAACUGUUGUUAGUUCUUGCCAUUUUAUCUUUAAGGUAUCCAAUCCACAAAUAGGUAACAUUCCAAUGCCUGGUGACCCUAUGUUUUUUAUGCCCCGGCAUCUACUAGUACUGAUGCGGGAGGCAUAAUAAUUGAGCCGUGCCAUGAGAAAACCAACAUAGUGGGUUUGCGACCAGCAUGGAUCCAGACCAGCCUGCGCAUCUGCGCAGUCUGGUCAGGCUCCAUGCUGUUCGCUUUUAAAGCCUAUUGGAAUUGAAGAAACUGUUAGCGAACAGCAUGGAUCCUGACCAGACUGCGCGGAUGCGCAGGCUGGUCUGGAUCCAUGCUGGUCGCACACCCACUAUGUUGGUUUUCUCAUGGCACGGCUCAUAUAGUGAUUGUUUUUGGUAUCAGUUGAAAGAGUUGUGUCUGCUGAACAAGAACUUGUAAAUAAAAUUACCAUAAUAAUAUGCACAAAUCACUACAGUCAUGUUUUUUUUACUGCAAAAUGAUAAAUUUUACAUUGUAAUAAAUGAAUUUCUAUUGAAGUAUCAUUGAAAACUAUUAAGUGAAAAAAUAAAAAUUCUAAAACAUUUUUGUCAUGUAAUUAUAUUUUCUUUUUCAGUAGACAAUACACUUUCAAAUGAUACCAAUAUUAUAUGAGCUUACCAGGCAUCAAUAUUUGAUAUAUUUUAAUCAGUGUUAUAUAGAAAUUGCUUAUUUGUGGACCGGAUACCUUAAAUUGUUUGUCAAAGGAUUGCUUCUUGAAUGCAGAUGUUAAAAUUUUAAACAAAAGAAAGUUUUAUGUGCAUUUAUUAUGUAAACUGCAUUUAUUGGGAUAAGUCUUGUCUCCAAAAUUUUUCAUGUUUCUGUUGAAAGAAAAUAAUUGAACUAUGAAUAAACUUUUGGUUAAUCUCCUAGCAAAAAAUAGAAACAGUAUGAAUUUUCAUUUUAGAUGGACAUUUAUGUACAUCCAGAAAUUCAAAUACUGUUUUAUUUAGAACCAGACUAAACAUUACUUGCAUAAACCUUUAACAAUACAGUUGUUGUGCAUGUUCUGUCCAGAGACUCACAAAACUGUCAGGACUCAACUAAUGUGUUAAAUAUCUUUAUACUUGGUAGCUCACUUGAGCUCUGAGCACAAGGUGUUCAGGUGCUUUUGAGAGUGUUUUCUUCAAAAAUUCAAAAAAAAAAUUGUGAUUUCUUUUCUUCAGAAAUUCAAAAGAAAAGAAACACACAAGAAUGUUCUUGUGAAACACCUUUUUUUGUAAAAAAAAAAAAAACGUUUUUAUUCAUAAUAUAAAACAUCCUGUAACCUAUUAUUCGUUAGACCUUUGAAAUGCUGCACACAUACAUCUUUACUUGUUGUGUUUGCAUAGUUCAGAAGAAAUUCACUGCUAUGGAUUAUGUUUAUCAAACAUUUAAUAGAUUAGAAUUAUCUAAGCAUAUUUUGUAGGUUUCCAUCAUUCUGUUUGCAAGUAUCUCUUUCUAAUCAAACUGCAUUUUGAAUAAUUUGUUUUUACAUUGACAAUGUCAUGGCAGGACCAUGCUGGAUAUUUAAUGAUUACUAACUUGUUUUACUGUCUUUCUUUCUAAUAAAAAUCUUUAAAAUAUG